AAUUAAUUAAACAAAAUAUUAAAUGUAAUUUAAUAUCUUUCAGUUCGAAUGGGUAAUUCUACCUCAAAAAAUAAUUAUCACAAUAAUCAGAAGUAUACUAGUCAGUCUUAGUGAUAUAAUUGGUGGAAGUUGCAUUGGAUCAACACAAUCUUCACAGAAAGAAAUUAAAUCAUGGUCUCAUGCUUCUUGCAGAAGCUGGAGCGAAGGCACAUUAAAUGACCCAUUGGGUACUUCAAAGACAUCAUGGCCUGUAUCACGUACUCAGGCUAUGUUUCUUCCAGAAUUUCAAAUAAAACAAAUACCUUUACAACAUGCUUAUACAUUUGUAAGCAUAAUAGCCAAAGGAGCUUAUGGAAAAGUAUAUAAAAUUCAAAAACAAGAUACUGGACAAUUUUUUGCUUUAAAAAUAAUUAAUAAAGCAAAAGUUGUUGCCGAAAAUGGUAUAAUGCAAGCUAAACAAGAAGUAUCUAUACAGAGAUUGGUUGGUCACCAUCCAUUUAUAUUAGAUUGUUCUCAUAGAUGGCAAGGAAGAAAAACAUUGUAUAUAUUAACUAAUUAUAUUGGGGGAGGAGAAUUAUUUUCAUUAGUCGAACAAUGUGGUUCUUUGCCAGAAAAUAUAGUUAGAAUAUAUGUAGCAGAAAUUGCUUUGGCAAUUGAUUUUUUGCACAAUGCUGGUGUAGUACAUAGAGACAUAAAAGCUACAAAUGUUUUAUUAGAUGAGGAAGGUCAUGCUGUAAUUAUUGACUUUGGUCUUGCGAAAUGGUUAAAUCAUACAGAAAGAACACAUACGCUUUGUGGAACUCCAGAAUACAUGGCACCAGAAAUAUUCAAUAGACAGUAUUAUGGUCAAGAAGUUGAUUGGUGGUCAUUGGGAGUAUUGGCUUGUUUUAUGUUUACAUACCAGUAUCCGGCCAGUGCAUCCAGUGAACUUUUGCCAGAGAACAGAUCUAAUACUAGUUCCUUACCACCUGGUACUCUACCAUCGAGCGCGGAAAAUAUUUCAUCAGCUGCGAAGGAUCUGUUGAAACGACUGCUACAACCGGAUCCUUGCUUGAGGUUGAGGUCUCUGUUAAGUCUACAGAGGAUUGCUUUCUACAUGGGUUACGAUUUGCACAGUUAUAUGCAAAAGAAGGAAUCUCCGUUCCGUCUGCUAGGACGAAAAGUCGAAAUUGAGCAGGAGAGAAGGAUCAAAGAAUUCUCCACGUUCAAUUCCUCUUUGGCAGACAGUAUAUCUCGUGGCGAAGAUCGAUGAUCUGAUCAAUGUGAUUGUUAUUAACAACAUUGUCUUUAGUCAGCUAAUGCCAUAUUGAUUUUGGCAAAAAAAAAUGUUCCCUAGUUAUUUUUUUAUUUUAUUGUACGUUAGCUUGUUGCUCAUCGUAGAUUUAUAUCGAGCAACGUCGUCGAUGCCAUCCAUUAUUUUUUAAGCGAAUCAACUUAACAUGGAUUUUUAAACUCUCUAUAGAUUACGUUAUAAUUCGAAGGUAUAUUUUUUAAUAUAACUUGUUGUAUAAAAUACGAAUCUCUUUAUCCUCUGGUGCUAUUUUUUGAAGAAAAUUGUUGCGAAGAAGAAUUCAGAGGUUUUUUUAUCAUAUAUUUUUUAAGAAUAAAUUGCGAAGCUUUUGUACCGUGAAAGAAAAAUGUUUAAUGUGUCAAUGUGCGAUUGUAGCUUCUGUGUGCAAUGUUGUACUGCUUUAUACCCCAUCGUGGUGAUAAUGCAUCGUGUGAAAAUAAAAAUAAACACAUGAAAGUAAAAUGUAUCCAAUUAUAAUAUAAAAAUAAAAAUAUCUUUAUGAAUGUGCAA